AAGCAUCUGACGUCAUCACAGUGCGCAGCAGUGUUCCCUACUGGGCUUUCAAGCAUCAAGUAGGUUUGGAAAUAUUUCAACGUGUGCGAGCAAACAAUGUCUUCUACGUCUUCUUCUGCGGAUGUAAACGAUUUCUGCCGACUUUGCAAAGCCAAAUGCAGAGUUAACGGCGUUCUGAGUAAUACAAAACCGAUAUGGGAAACGAGUGAUGUUUUUCAGCGUCUGGAGAAACUUGGAGUAACAUUGCGUCGCGACGUACUAAGAUCCUGUCGAAUUUGUACAAAGUGUUUUCGAUUAAUCCAGAGAAUAGAACAAUCAUUUUUAACUAUCCAGGAGUGGAAACGCUCAGAAGAGGCGAAUGCAGACGUCGUGGCAACAGAGAAAAGACAACGAGAGUCUCCAUCAGAGAGCCCGAGGAAGCUGAAAAAAACCAGAUGUCUUCCCCCAACUCCCACAGCAGAUACUGAGAUUAUGCCCCCACGACAAAUUAAGACGGAGGUAAAUUGGAAUAUCAGCCCAUCACAGACUGAAUGCUACUACGGGUUAGCUACUUAUACCCAUAGACUGUAUAUAGAAUGGACAGGGUCUGCCUCCUUGCUGGGUGAAGCCACUCCGAGAACGGCACUGUAUUACGAGAACAGCGCCCUCUGUUGAUGGGCUGCAAUAUAGGUCAUAAAUCCUGCCUCCACCCGCAAAGCUUAUGGGGCUGUGGACAAACUUCAGAAAUUUAUUACACAGAACAUACAUUUUUCUCCCUCCUGCUUGUGAUGUUGACAUGUAGUUAUUGCAAGACUGGUUUAUGCUCAAGUCCUCUUUUUUUCUGUGAAGCUCCGUUUUUAAAAGUUAUUAGGGGGUUCAUGUUUUCUUUUAUUUACACCUGAUAUCGCCUAUUGGUGUUCAGGGAUUGCAUAGCUCUCGCAGGGGAUGAUACGCUGUUUGAGCCGAGCGUCAUCACAGUGACUCUCCUGCCGAAUGUGCGCAUCGCUACUGCGCAGCGUUGGUUUCAGGAAAUGAAGAAAAAUCCCGGAAAUACCGAGAGCUUUUUGGCCUCAAAUCCGUAUACAGGCGGUCGGCGGAACCAAGUUGUCCAUAGUAUACACAGUCUAUGCUUAUACCACACACGUUUUUAUCAAUAAUUUAUAGCAGAGGAUGAUUAACUAAUGUACUAUCAUUGGCAACCCAGUAACUAAAACAAAGGAAGGUUUAUUAAUAACUUUCCGUAUCUGGUCAUAUUAUAGGACACCCCGAAGGAGGAUUUGUUAUUGCGGGCUCAAUUAGCAGAACGCCCAGUAUGCAGCUCAGAAGAAGGCAGAGGCAGAGCUGCGACUCGGGGAGGGGAGACUGAGACGCACCGCCUGACCAACAGCCUGAAAGAGACGGCGGACAGGCAAACAGAUGGGAUGAGGACACAGGAAGAGAAGGUCGGUACACAUAUUCUAACUCGUAUAACACAAACCUAGCACAGAGGACAGAGGCAGUUCUAUUAACAUUUUGAAACCCAUGUGUAACAAACAAGCUUUAUCUAUGAUUUAUCUCCUCUUUCUACUUUAUUUGCUCUGGAGUCACUGUGACAAAAGCAGUUUCCUUCUGGGGAAUAUUAAAGUAUUUCUGAUUCUGAUUCUGAAAUGUUGUUGUAUGGACUUUAUCCAAAUGCCUGAAACCAUAAACCUUUGUUAUUGCCUGUCUCAGAUGUCCUCUGAACACCUGGUGGUUGGAGGCGUACCUGCAGGAGGGAUGGACGGGAUCACCAUGGUCAGGAUCGAUGACACACACAUGGAGCAGUCUGAUGUCAGGACGAAGGUCAGAGAGGGAGCAACAGCGUACUACGAGAUGGGGUACACGCUGGAGGGGGAGGAGGCGGCUGAAGAGGAGGAGGAGGAGGAGGACAGUGUUUAUGUCAUUGAGUAUUCAAAUCCUGAAGAGGAGGGACAGAGUUACCAGUUCACCAUGUCCUUGGACAGAUCGCUGCCUCCUAAGAAGCUGAUUAUCAAACAGUCUGUGGUGAGAGAUAGCGCCAAAGCAGCUCUACCUGUGGCGUCCAACCUGAAGAGGCCGAGGAAAGUGCCAAGGAGGAUAAUGCCGAAAGAGGAAGAGGAUGUGAAAAAGGAGGCGAUUCUGUUCAGCUGAACAACCAGCUGAAAACCUGUAUGAGGUGCCAGAGACCCUCAACCUCCAAUCUGGUGAAUUUCGUUGAGAGACCAGUUGAUCAAUUUCAUGGUUGGUUUCGGAGAUCAGGCAGUGAGAAGCUCUGAGAGUUUCAAACAAAACGGGACGAGGCGAAGCAGGGAGUAGGGAGAUAAGGGAGAGGGGAGAAAUGCGACCGCCUUCGUUGAGAGCCAGAAGAAGAAGUUCUACCUCUUUGUUACCUCUAAUUAUGGAGGAUGACGGAAAUUAUUUCAGUUACGACUAAAUCAGAAAUUUUCUGUUAUUAGACUUUUUGUUUUAUAUCAAAAUCAUGACUCUUUAUAAUGGUCACAUGACUUUUAUCCCAUAAUAAGGACUUUUUGUCUCAUACUUUGGUAACAUUGUCACUUUGUCUUUUCUUGUUAUUCAGACGUUCUACCUCUUUGUUUGGACUUUUACCUCAUUUAUUUGAUUUUCUUCUCAUGAUUUAACACUAAUGUAAGAGAAACCCUAAAAAAAGAUCUAAGAAGAGAUGUGUAAUCAAACUGAGAACAUUAUUUUCUUUUUUUUAAUCUAAAAAUAUCCUCACUGAAUAAAAAAGUGAUAGACAGACAGAUGUAUGAUUGAAUUUUGGUCGAAAGAGCAGAAUCUCCUUGACUUCUGACUAAAUGUUCAGUCCUGUCACAAACCCAAGAAAACACUAAAAUACACCCGAGGUGUAGUGCAUUAACACUGAUAUGCUGUUGUUGAUGAGCAUUGAGUAGUGAAGGUGUCUUUAUCAGCAGUUUGUUUGAAAUUAGAAGUCUGUGUUGUGUUUCAUUUUUUACUUUUUGUUGUAAAAGUUUGAUUCAGCAACACCAUUUUUUAACUGUUCUGACAUCAUUAAAGGGAAACGCCACUAA